AUGUCCUGUGAGAGUUUGGUAUCACAAGUAUCCACGAUAUUUUGUUCGGCAUUGCGCAGAGGAGCUUGGUUCACGUGGUGUCCACAGAAACUGUGCAACUUCAUAGUGCACGAGCGAUGCGUCGGACAGGUGGUAACGCCGUGCUGUGGAGUGGCGCCGAGCCUUAUAAAGAACCCAGUGGCUCACUGUUGGUCAGAGCCGACUCACCACAAACGGAAGUUCUGCACGGUGUGUCGGAAACGACUUGACGAACUACCAGCUUUACAUUGCAUGAUAUGCGAAUACUUCGUCCACGGAGAAUGUGUGGACUUCGCAGCGGCAGACUGCAAAGAGAACGCAACAUACUGCGCGGGCAGCGAGCCCCGGCAUUUCCAUCACUGGAGAGAAGGCAAUCUGCCUGCAAACUCCAAGUGUUCGGCGUGUCGAAGGGCUUGCUGGUCCGCCGAAUGCCUAACCGGCUACCGCUGCGAAUGGUGCGGCAGUACUUGUCACGCAGGCUGCCGUGCGCUAAUACAAGAAGAAUGCAACUUCGGAACAUUACAACCGAUCUUCCUGCCUCCGUCAGCGGUCUCCAUCCCGCGAACGGAGGUGCCAAUGGAAGCCAUCAUAGGCGUCCACGUGCGACCUCCACCCUCGCAGCGGGACUUCGGUUGCCCGCGGCGGCGAAGAUGGACGCCGCGGCUGGUCACCCUGGCGCGGAGGCUGCUGCCAGCAUCCUGCACGCCGCAUCAUGGCGCUUCGCCCCCGUACUCUAGAGCUCGCAGCGUCAGUGAGGAGUUCAGUUCAGGCUGCGAGGGCCGGUCAGGGUCCGGUGGAGGGUCUACAGGCGCACCUGCGGACCAGGAGCACAAACCUGACCACAAACAACAUAGAGAUCGAACGCCAGACGAUAGAGAUGAAGAGGUAGUGAAAGUAUACGACGGUGAAGCGGCGUGGUCACGUCGCUUGUACCGUCCAGUCGUGGUCGGGAGGAAUUGGAACGAACGGGAGCUCGUAGCUGCGGCCCUAAGAGCUUUCCACGUGGCCCGGGAUCCAGACCAGUUCGAACUGACAGAUGCUCUGGCGGGGGACGAGCCGCCCCUGAAAGACCCAACACCGUUGGCUCGCGUCACGCGGCUGCCGAACAAGCGUCCCGCUGUAUUCUUACGGUUUAUAGAGCCAGAAACCGGGGGUGGAGAAGUGCGAGUGUACCCGGGUCGAAUAGCGGGUGCGGGUGACACGUUCGUAACUGUACCGUGUAUGGGGGAUGAGUCCGUUGCUGACCUAAUGGCAUCCGCCUUAGAAAGGUUCGGCUUGGACCCCUCCUCUGCCACGCAGGACUACCGCUGCUCUGAGAUUCUACUGGAUCGAGGAGUGUCAGAACGUGUGUUAGAAGAAGACGAGCGGCCAUGGCGGAUUCUAGUCCGCCUGGCGCGCGAUUCGGUCCGGCGAAUGGAGCUGGCGCGGUUUUAUUUACAACCACGUCGAGACCCGCACGGGCCGACCUUAGCUUUAUUUGUUGCUUCCUUACCUCCUGGCCUCUCGGAACGGAAUUACGAGACUAUACUUGUAGAAUUUUUAGGUGCAGAUAAUAAGUUCACAUCAAUCGGUCCGAUCUACUACGAGUACGGGUCGAUGGUGAUCACGUAUGAGGACGCUAGUAAGGCAGUGCGCGCCCUCUACGCGCUCAGAGAGGCCAAAUAUGAAGAUAAGCAUUUAUUAGUGAUGCUGCUACCGAGCAUCGAACCUUCCAUGGUCCCAGCGGGGGUGAAGCCUCUCCUAGUUUUCGUGAACGUGAAGUCCGGUGGUUGCCAGGGCCUGGAACUCAUCUCCUCCUUUCGGAAACUCCUCAACCCGUAUCAAGUCUUCGAUUUAGAAAACGGUGGUCCGUUACCUGGGCUGUACGUAUUCCGUCAUAUUCCUAAUUAUAAGAUACUGGUGUGCGGCGGAGACGGCACCAUCGGCUGGGUGCUGCAGUGUCUGGAUAACGUGGGGCAAGACUCGCAAUGUUCCAACCCUCCUUGCGCCAUCGUACCCCUCGGAACAGGCAAUGACCUCGCGCGUGUCCUCCGUUGGGGCUCCGGCUACACCGGUUGUGAAGAUCCCAUGUCCUUGUUGCGUGACGUGAUUGACGCUGAGGAGAUCCGGCUCGAUCGCUGGACCGUCGUCUUCCAUCCUGAGGACAAGCAGGACGAACCGAAGGACCUCUCCAAACAGACCUUACCUGGUUCCCAGAGCGAGGACAACUCGCAAAUCCUGGUCAUGAACAAUUACUUUGGCAUCGGGAUCGACGCGGACCUCUGUCUAGACUUUCAUAACGCGAGAGAGGAGAAUCCAAAUAAAUUCAAUAGCAGGUUACGCAAUAAGGGUGUGUAUGUAAAGAUGGGUCUUCGUAAGAUGGUGGGCCGCAAGAUGUGCAAAGACCUGCACAAGGCUGUAAAGCUGGAGGUGGACGGUAAACCUGUCGAGCUGCCCGCAGUCGAGGGUAUCAUCAUCCUAAACAUUCUUAGCUGGGGCUCGGGUGCGAACCCGUGGGGUCCGGAGAAGGAUGACCAGUUCAACAAGCCCAACCAUUGGGACGGCAUGUUGGAGGUGGUAGGCGUCACGGGAGUAGUUCACCUUGGCCAAAUACAGUCCGGUCUGAGAGGCGCUAUGCGAAUUGCACAGGGCGGACACAUAAAGAUCAAUCUCAAAAGCGAGAUCCCCGUACAAGUUGAUGGGGAGCCAUGGGUGGCUGCACCGAGCGAGGUCGUCGUACUAAAAUCCGCACUCAAGGCGACCAUGCUAAAGAAGAGCAAGCGAGGGUCGGGCGCGGGCCCCCCGGCGGGCCCCACGGAGCCCGCGCUGGCCCCGCCCGCCCCGCCGCCGCCGCCGCCUCCACCCCCCGAUUCCUGA